AUGCCCGCAACGGAAAGUUUUUCUUCACAAUCAAUACGAAGACUUCUCGUCUUGCUCCUGUGUCUGCUGCUUCAUUAUAAGCCUAUACUGGCUUAUUCCCUGAAAAACUGCUCAUUUGACUUUUUUGAGGAUGCCUUGGCUGAAGUUUGUUUGGAUUGCUCAAGCCGUGAGCUUGUUGCUGUCCCUGAUGACAUCCCCAGAGACGCAUGCUCGCUGAGACUUUUGAUCCUCAAUAGCAACUUGAUUGCUCACAUAGACGAUGGAUCUUUCAUGGACUUGGUGGCAUUGAAAAAACUCUGUAUAAGAGAUAAUCAACUAACACAUCUGACAGAAAACCUCUUUCAGGGACUAUCAAACCUCACUUUGCUUGACCUCAGUAAGAACAACCUUCACUUCAUUCAUUCCUCAGCCUUUCACUUCCUGUCCAGCUUAGAAACUGUAAUACUUGACUUUAACAAGCUUGGAAAAGUUAAUGACAUACAGUCUUUUCUACUUCUACCACACCUACAGACAAUGAGCAUUAGAGAUAAUCUAUUAUCCAGCUUUGAGUCCAAAGAUCUGCUGCUGAAUGUGUCCUCAGGCCUGAAGUUGUUAGAUGUUGCAGGGAAUGACCUGAGAAGAUUCAGCAUCACAACACAUAUCUUUCCUCAUCUAAGGACAAUAAACCUUUGUCGAUGUGGUGAAUAUUCUGGAUUAAAAUGGGACAUACAUGAUAAGUCUUUACUGAGGAACAUAACUCAACUGCACUUUAGUUACCCUUUAAUUGCUUUUGAGGAGAUUCAAAAUGUCCUGCAGAGUCUUGACUCACUGCAACAUUUACAACUUAAUUUUAUGAAGCCAUGGAUCGACAAAGGCCUCUUAGCUACAGUCUGCAAAAUACCAACAUUUAAAAAACUGGAUCUGUCUUUCAACUAUUUUGCCAACUUAAGUGCUAAGUUUGGAGCUUGUUCUCAGCUAAGGGAGCUUGACUUGAGCUGUGCUAAAAUGACUGAACUACCCAAAGGCACAAUAGGAAUGAUGAGGAGACUGAGGUCCCUAAACCUAGAGAUCAAUUUACUCACAAUAGUGCCCUAUGACAUUAGAAGUCUCCGCUUCCUCAAGGUCCUAAAACUUGGAAACAACCGUAUCUCUGAGUUGGGCUGUGAGGAUUUCAAAAACACAUCCCGCCUCACAGAGCUUUUCUUGAAUAAUAACCACAUUGUCAAACUGGACAGUUGUGUCUUCCAAAAUCUUAACAGCCUUAAGGUUUUACGUAUGAGUGAGAACCUACUGUGGACAUUUGGGGGCGCCUUCAAAAUAGGCCCACAAAACCUUGAGGUCUUGGAUUUGGGAAAACAUUUUGUAGAUACUCUUGAAAAGGGGGAUUUUGAGGGUUUAGGGUCCCUUAAACAUUUGGAUAUAGUAUCUGAUAAUAUCGGAAGGGUAAAACUUGGAGCUUUUGAUGGACUGAACAACCUGACAAGUCUUACUGUAUCCCUUCCAAUUGAGUUUGAAAAUAACUUCCGGACAUUACAAGUGAUAGAAAAUCUUACAAUUUAUUUUCAUAUUGACAGCAUUUUUCAAGGUCCUCCUCUGAACAUAAACAAAGCUAUCUUUCACUUAGAAUCACUAAAAAAGCUCAAAAUGGUGUGUACCGGUGAUCAUCACGGCCUUUUCAUUAAUGUACACAUUGAAAUGCUUCAGUCUAUGAAACUUUUAGAAGACUUCACAGCUGAGAAUAUAUUUAUUUCUGCACCGAGCCAAGAGACAUUUCAGUUCAAUUCCCAGCUGAAAAGUUUGACAAUCAAGCAAAGUCCUUUGUCCGAUCUGAGUCCUGAACUGUUUAGGUCAUUCCCAAACCUGCAGGAGUUGGAUCUUCGUGGGACUACUCUAAAGUCUUUGGAUUUUGUGGCACAGGCCAAUCUAUCUGCUCUCAGAUCUUUACAACUUAGUGACAAUGCUAUAACAGUAAUCAACGAGAGGCUCUUCCAGACUCUUCCUGCACUUAUUUACCUUGACCUAGAUAACAACCCUUUGACCUGUGACUGCUCAAACGCUGGCUUCAUCCAAUGGGUGAAGAGCAACAACCAAACUCAGGUGGAUAACGCCUUUCAGUUCACCUGUAGCUUUCCUCUAACCAAACAGGGAACCAAGUUGUUGGACUUUGAUUUCCAGUCCUGUUGGAUCGACUUUAGCUUCCUUUGCUUUAUGUCCAGCACUUGUCUGGUUGUACUUACUCUCCUCCCAUCAUUCAUCUACCACUUCCUGAGGUGGCAGCUAGUCUACGCCUUCCACCUCUUCCUGGCCUUCCUUUAUGACAGCAGGAAGAGGGGGAAGGGAGUUCCUCACCUCUACGAUGCCUUCAUCUCCUACAACAUUAAAGAUGAGGCCUGGGUCUAUGGAGAGUUGCUUCCAGCGUUGGAGGGAGAGCAGGGCUGGAGACUCUGUCUGCACCAUAGAGACUUCCAACCAGGCAAGCCCAUCAUAGAGAACAUCACAGAUGCCAUCUACGGCAGCAGGAAGACCAUCUGUGUCAUCAGCCGGAGCUACCUGCAGAGUGAAUGGUGCUCCAGAGAGAUCCAGAUGGCCAGCUUCCGCCUCUUUGACGAGCAGAAGGACGUGUUGAUCCUGCUGUUUCUGGAGGAGAUCCCGGCCCAGCAGCUGUCUCCGUACUACCGCAUGAGGAAGCUGGUGAAGAAACACACCUACCUGAGCUGGUCGAAGGCUGGACGACACACGGGAGUCUUCUGGCAGGGCGUGAGGAGAGCUCUGGAGACGGGGGACUCUACUAAAGAGAGCGGGAAUCUUCUGUCAGGUCCAGCAGGAUGCUGAGAACAUCCCUGAACCUGUGAGGUGAACCGCAGGACGAUUACAAAGAAGUGUUAGAUGACAUCUCAGGACCUUUACAAGAUCUUCUACUGGCUAAAAAAGAUCAGUGCAGAAAAUAUGAACAAUAGACCAGCUCAUGCCACUGCAUAUCAGUUGCUUUCACACAAUUUCAGCCAUUGUGGGUUUUGCGAUUUUUCCAGGGUUUGUGUGUAUUUUCUAAAUUUUCAGCAUGAUUUUCCAUAAACAAGAAAAAGAAAGUGAUCGACAGCAAGGAACAAUUCUGAUAACCACGGGUGAAGCCUCU